AUGUUCGGCAGCUCCAACAAUGGCAGCAAGGACGCGAUAGACACCACUGCAGCAGAGGGUAGCCCCACCGAGACGCCACAAAGUCCCAACCUCACAAACCACAUCAAUGCUAUCCAGGAAAACAAGGAUGAAGCCACCGACGAUGCCGGUGGCGACCUACGAAGUCUAACUCGCGAGCCCGCAGAGGACGGCACACAAACGGAGAAGAAACGCAGAAGCAGUGGUGUUGGCCGCGCACGCGACCUCUUCAGCAGCGCCAAGCAGUCGCUGUCAAAUCUGAGUGCUUCUCCCGAGCACAAGGCUUCCAGCGGCAACCAGUCCUCCAUGCAGAAGCUGGGAAAGUCAGACCCAGCGCUCAGCGUCCCCCAAGGUUCCCUCAACAACUCUGCAGGUGAAUCUGUGCCAGGCCCUCGAUCGACAUUCCGGGUUGGAGUGACCGAGGACAAGAACAAGAAGUGCAGACGUACCAUGGAAGAUACUCAUGCCUAUCUCUACAACUUCUUGAGUACCCCUGCGCCAUCGCUGGGUUCAGAAAGUUCGUCUCAGAACCAGAACGCGCUGACUGGCUCACAAUCCCGCGACUCCACGUUGUCUGAUGGUAGUAUUAGCACCAAGACCAGCACCAACAAGGAGGUUGUUGAGACAGAUAACGGCUACUUUGCGAUCUUCGAUGGACAUGCAGGUACCUUUGCGGCUGACUGGUGCGGCAAGAAGGUACACAUAUUGCUGGAAGAGAUCAUCCGCAAACACCCAAACACACCGAUCCCGGAAUUGCUGGACAUGACAUUCACCACUGUGGACCAGCAACUGGAAAAGCUACCUCUUAAGAAUAGCGGCUGCACCGCCGUGAUUGCGGUGUUGCGCUGGGAAGACCGGAUACCUAACUCUCAAUCCGCUACAGGCUCAACGGCGAUCGCACCCGCAGCUUUGGCAGCGCAGAAGGGUGAAUCAAAACCUGACCUACAGCAAGGUAACGCAGAUGUGCCAGUGACGGCUAAUGUGGAAAGCAAGCUAAGAGAAUCAGCAUCACGUCAACGCGUCCUGUACACAGCCAAUGUCGGCGACGCUCGCAUUGUUCUGUGCCGCAAUGGCAAGGCGCUGCGCUUGUCGUACGACCACAAGGGAAGCGACGAAAACGAAGGCAAACGUAUUGCUGGUGCUGGAGGGCUUAUCCUGAACAAUCGCGUGAAUGGCGUCCUGGCUGUUACGCGUGCCCUUGGCGAUGCCUAUAUGAAGGACCUCGUCACAGGACACCCGUACACGACCGAGACAGUCAUUCAGCCCGACAUUGACGAAUUCCUAAUUCUGGCCUGCGAUGGUCUUUGGGAUGUCUGCUCUGAUCAAGAAGCAGUGGACCUCGUUCGAAACGUCCAAGAUCCGCAAACUGCCUCCAAGAAUCUCGUCGACCAUGCUCUGGCACGCUUUUCGACAGACAACCUCUCUUGCAUGAUUGUUCGCUUCGAUAAUAAGGCUUUGCAGCAAGCCCAAGAAAGCAAGGACAACCUGAUCGGCGUGGAAGGGGACCCAGCGACCAAGACGGGUGGAAUCAGCGAGGCCGAAGCGCUAGUCAACGAGACUAAGAAGCAGUUGGACGAAGGUAGCGAUCUCGCUGGUCUAUCUCGACCGACGACUGGUGAAAUUAUGGAGGAAGUGGAACAGAAACAAGAGCCCGGCCCAGAACUGAACCCCGCGGCGCUCGAGGCCGCCAGGAAGGACAUCAAGCCGAAAGAGGACUCUACACAGCCAGCUUCAAGCGGAUAA